ACAAAUUCGAGGAAUUUCUUCAUCUACUCAUCAGAGCUUCUCAAUAUGGAUUGGAUGAUGUUUACCUUGCACCUUUAGGUGGCUCUCAAUUGGCAUUUAUUAAGAUUCUGGGUGCGCUCGAAUCUGGGCCAUUGUCUUGGGUGCGCUCGGACCUAGGAUUGCUCGAGUCUAGUUCCAAUGGAGUUGUUACUUUUGGCGAGUGCGUGCUUCCACUCCAUUACUACCGGUUCAAGGAGUUGUUACUUAUGGUGAGCGCGUGCUUCUACUCCACUCCUAGGCAUCAUAAAGCUCAAAGCUCGACGUAUACUUUGGAAGUAAGGCGAAACCCUCCAUAUCGACGUAUAUUUUGGAAGCAAGGGGAAGCACUCUGCAUCGACGCAUACUUUGGAAGCAAGGCGAAACCCUCCACAUCGGCGUAUAUUUUGGAAGCAAGGGGAAUCACUCCGCAUCGGCGCAUACUUUGGAAGCAAGGCGAAGCCCUCCAUAUCGAUGUAUACUUUGGAAGCAAGGCGAAACACUCCGCAUUGGCGCAUACUUUGGAAGCAAGGCAAAACACUCCGCAUCGGGGCAUACUUUGGAAGCAAGGCGAAGCACUCCGCAUCAGCGCAUACUUUGGAAGCAAGACGAAACACUCCGCAUCGGCGCAUACUUUGGAAGCAAGGCAAAGCAUUCCGCAUCAGCGCAUAAAGCUCGAAGUUCAAGUUUAAGAAGAUCGAAGACACAACCCUCAAAGACUGCUAAAAGACCAUCCAAGAAUCAACUUGAAGAUUGGAGAUAGCUCUUUCAAAAUGUGUUGAAGCUAGAUGUCGAGACGCGGAGUUUAAAUUUGAUCAAAAAAAGCUUUGGAGGUUUGGACCCAUUUUGUCACUUGCUUCGUCACUUGUAUUAUUUCAUAACUUUCAAGCAUCAUUCAUUGUUUCUUAUGAAUUAAUGUACCAUCAACC